AUGGAGGAAAUUUUCAAGAUGAUCCUGCAUCAAAAUCGACAAAUGGCGGAGCAGAAUCAACGUUUGAUGGUAGUCAUGGAGCGUUUCACCAAUCAAGCGGCCUCCCAUCAGCCAGCAAACAAUCCGGAACUGGUCAUCGAAUCCCUUUCAUCUAACAUCCGGGAAUUCUGCUACGAUCCGGACAGUGGUCUGACGUUUGACCGCUGGUAUCAAAAAUACGAAGACUUUUUCCUCCUGGAUGGUUCCAAACUCGACGAUGCGGCCAAGGUUCGGUUAUUGCUCCGAAGUCUCAACGUUACCGUCCACGAUAGCAGCCCUAUAUUUGUUUUGGUUUCAAAUCACGAUAUUGAAGCACAGAAUUAUUCUUCCACCAACUACUGGCGCAAAGUGUUCAUCGUCGAAAGGGUCACUUUGCUGCGAAAUGCAUCUUGCAUCUUGCAGACUGGGUCACAAAAAAAACUGGACGAUGAGCUUGAGAAACGUCGGCACAGGAGUGAUAGUUUGGACUAUCGGAACAACAGGCGUGCUUACGAGCCAGCAAGCACGGUGGAUAUCCAGAUGGCAGGUAUUCAACCUAAAUACCACCGCUUUCCAUUCGGGAUGACGUUUCGGGACGGGUCGGAAUACAAGGAUUUGUUCAUACUUUUCGGAACCCGAAUCUCACUGUUCAGUAGAAGGUACGACUGUUUCCAAGUCGUGAAGCAGCCGGACGAGGACUACGUUACCUACGCUGGGACGGUCAACAAACGAUGCGAGGAUUUUGAGCUUGGCAAGAUCACACCGGACCAGUUCAAAUCGCUCAUCUUCAUCCGAGGCCUCCAAUCUUCCAAGGAUGCCGACGUCCGAACACGCCUGAAAUAG